GUUCUAAAGAAGCAAGUUUGGUUGCUGAGGGUGGGAAGUGUUGCCAUGGAGAUAGAAUGUUGUGAAACCUCAAUAGCAUGCAGAUUUACAGCGGCUAUUACUGAUUGAUUCGUGCCCUAUUCUUAAUAUAGCUCAGUGGGAAUUGGUAAAACCUCAGUGAUUAUAUUUGAUUAAACCAAUUUACUUGACAUAUUAGAACUUUCGCUCAGUGUUCAGAGUUGUCUCUUGUACAUGGGAGAUGAAUACUGAUACACGCCCUCGCUUCCCAUGGUAAGUCAUAUUUUGGACAAAAAUAAAUACAAUGUAAUUACCUUAAAUGAGGGUUCAGAGGACUACCGUUUUAUUUUACUUUUCAAAAUUGACCCGAUGGUUGCUUGAUCGGCUAGCAAUAGCGUGACAUUUUCAUUAUUCAUUAUUCAUAUAUUCCUUAGGAUUUGACUUGGAAGAAAACUAUUCGCCCCAUAUCUAAACCAUUUCAAAUUAACCCAUAUUCAAAACUGUUUUGGAUUAAUUAGGAAGUGUGUAUACAAAAUAUGAAUCAUGUGAGAAAUCAUCUUUAGUUGACAGACGUUGGUCUAUUUUUACUCCACAAAAUAUUCAGAGAUUAUUUCAUAACACACUAUGCAUAUUUGAUUAUAUAGGUUUAUGGUGUAGAAAAUCUGACUGUCUGUUAAAAGGCUUCUUCCCUAAAUUGUUAAUGCUAUGUUUACAUAUCUCUAUAAUUAACAAAUAUGUAACAUUAAAUGUAGCAAUCCUCAGCUAUACUGAAGCUAAAUACCUCCAUGUGGCUCCAUUUUAAUAAUUAUUAUAAACCCUUUUCAUUCAUAUGAACUCAGUAAUGGUUGGAGAAAUCAAAGAAACACAGGAAGUAAUGUAUAAUAAGUAUCAGAUUCACUUUUAUAUUUGCACCAGUAUUGUGUGACUAGACCACUUUCUAUGUGGUAAAACACUGUUUUUAAUUGUAGUAAUCCUUGCUGGCAUGCACUCCCCACCUUGUAUAAAAAUAAAGGAUAGACUUACCUGGAAUCCCAACACCGAUACCAAGUUCUCCCUACAUUUUUGAUUUUCCUCUGGUGAUGUCACUCACGGAAUUAACAUUAGCCGAAUGACGCUACGGGAGGUAGAGUUACAACUCUGGCAGCAAAGUUAUUUAACUCUGUAUGUGCAGCGCUUUUUGCUGAAGUGGUCAUGGUGCUUAGAGUAACCCUUUAGCUUUCAGAAAAGUGACAGUUCCAUUUUAACAUGAAAAUAACAUUUAUAAAAUAAAAAGCCAAAUCAGUGUUUUGCUUCUUAAAUGGCUUUGUCAAAAUAUUUUUGAAAUUAAUUUAAUUUGUAUAUAAUAAUAAUAUACUCCUACAAUAAGAAUAUAGUAAUUCAUAUUACUUUUGGCAGAGUAUGGUUACUGGAUUACGCCAUCACCCAUUUUUUUUUUUUUUUUAAGAUAUUGCUUCUUAAGGACCGUUUGACCUUUUAUAUACUUUAACUCAUUUGUAACAGAAGCGCUGUAUACACCAUAAACAUGAUCUAUUAUCUCCUUGGCAUCCAGAGACCAUCCUGCUCGCAGCAUUGAUACAUUUACACUUGUAAAUAUUAUCAGUAUCAAUUCUGUUCAACAUGAAUGACACAUAUAGGCUGAGAUCACUGUGCUUCCCUAUACUUGAGCUCCCAGCCCAUGACUGCCAUCAAAGUAGGGUAGAAUUUACACUAAUAAUGUCUGAAAUUAGGAUGGUUAGGAGAUGGUCUCUGGGUGACAGGAAGAGCCCCAGUUGUUCCCAAACUACUCCCAAAUGAUUUGACAAAAAAUGUGGCACCCACAGAUAUUUGUACCAUAAUCACUGCACUUAGCUUACCUCUUUUAAAAAAAAUAUAGCAUAAAAUUAUCAGUUUGCAUCAUUAUUUUGGUGUUAUUCCAUAGAUGACAUACAUUACUUGUUUAACCCCUUAAGGACCAAAGUUCUGGAAUAAAAGGGAAUCAUGACAUGUCACACAUGUCAUGUGUCCUUAACAUGGCAAUAGCAGUUUCUAUAUCAGACAGGGUCAAUUCAGCUUUUCAUUCUCUUGAUAGUGACACCACCUUUGAGUCGGUCAGUGAUAGUAACAACAUCUAUAGCCCAGAAAAUCCUUGAGAAGGAGAGAAGGUUCAGUGUAAAAUCCUGAUAAUUAAUAUUUUGCUUAUCAUGUCAUAUAUGAGAAAUCAAAAAAACUCUUGAAAUGAACAUGCAUUGUAUAAUUAAUUUUUUGCUUUAUUUUUAUAGGUACAAGGAGAGGCUCUAUAAAACACAUGUCAAAGAUGUCAGAACUAAGCUGAAACUCUCUGGUGGUCUUAACAGUCACAAUUGGUCAUUCCUUCCUAAAGGAUUGGAUGAUUUUCGAGACGGCUAUCCCUCCACUGCAGAGACUUCUUUUAUUCCGCCUCGCAAAGGAGCAUCUCCGGUUCUGCACAAUACUACCAAUGAAACUGACUUAGCUGAGAAGAAGCCCAAUAAGAGGUUCACAAAAGAACAAACCUGCUUCUCCAAACUUCUCCCCCAGCAGCAGGCUCGCAGAGAGUACAUUGCACAGAUAGAAUAUGGUCUAACACAGCACCCACUGGCUCUCUACCCUCAUCUAGAGGAAGCUGUGCCACCAGAAGUAAGAAAUGGGCAUGUACUGAUUAUGAAAGCAUCCACGAAAGGAAAUACUCUCUGAGAAAACGAUUGUGGUCAGGCCAUGUUAUGCAGAUUCUCAUUAAAGCAUUAUCUAAAAUGAAAUGAAAAAAAAAAAAAAUCAAAACAAUAACAUAAAAUGACACCAACCAACACCAAAAUUCUUAUACACUAACCCAAUCUCUAACCCACACACCAGGUGCCAUCCUUGUAAUGCACUCCCAAAAUGCACAACAAUAUUAAACAGUGUACGUCAAUGAAUGUAAUAAAAUCACCUUCAUUGAUCUACAGAAUAGUAAACAAUUAAAAUAGCUUUACUUACUAAAAUGACAUAGGCUUAACAUUUUUUUGCUUUUCAGCAUCCACUAAUAACUUACUUAAAGGAACACUUUACUGCUAGGAAUACAGAGAUGUAUUCCUAACAGUAACAUGUUCCUCAGCCCCCGUGGCUCCCCAAGUUGUAAAGGAUUGAAUAACCCUUUAUUAGCUUACCCAUAUUAAAGUAUUGCCUCAAUGCUUUCACAUGGGAUUUUCUCUGAUGCUGGACGUCCUCAUGCAGAGCAUGAGGAUGUCCAGAGUCGUUUUACAGAAUAAAGCUACAAUGUUUUACAUUGCAGGACUGAGUGGGACAGGGACAUUGCACCCAGACUACUUCAAUGAGAUGAAGUGGUCUGGAUACCUGUAGUGUGCCUUUAAGGGGCAAACACUUACUGGCUUUCUCACUACUUUUAUUGUAAGAGAUGGUGCAAUAUGUGUAAUGAUCCAUCCUCUAGACAGUGAUGACUAAAUCAUGGCAGUACAGGAUUCCUGAGCAUCAUGGUAAAUUUAGUUGACAACCACCUGUAACUGCUGCUCUGGAACUGCUUUGAAUUUUUAGUUGGUUAAACAUAUAGUAAGCUCAAAUUUCACUACUCCUUAGGUUCAGAGCUGUCUGGACAAGACUUACAAUGUGUAAUAAAAUGGUGAUAAUAAUAAUUAAUAAUAAAGUUUUAGUAAAAUUAGAACAAAAGCUCUUAGAACAAAACUUGCAACUUGUAUUUUUUUUGUUUCCUUGUAUUUUUUUUCUCUGUUUAUGUCUUUAAGCACUACAUACAUUUUUUAUUAGUUUUGUGUAUUUCUGGAAAAUGCUAUUUUUUAUUUUUGUUUUGCUAUUUGUUUAAAGUUAUUUGAGGAGAUAGUGGAUAUCCUUGACCCAGAGAUGCGCGUGAAAAGUGCUGCAGGGUCGUAUAAAGCUGAAGAUGAUCUGCUGGAAGAUGAUAAAUUCAGCACUUCCUAUAAAGAACAGCAAGAAGCGUUGAGUGUGAAGUCAUUCGCAAGUAGUCGACAAUCCGCAUUGUAGGUAUUAUAGGUGUUUUUGCAACCAGCUAGGUUAACCAUAAUCUAAUGGUAAUUUCUUAUAUACCUGUAGCAAAUGGAAAAAACAAACAAAUGACAUUCAUGUGCCAUUCUUAUAUAAUUGCUUUUAUUAGUAUGUACUGUAAUUUUUGUCUUUACAAUUACUCCGUAUAUAACAUUUUGGGGAUGUGACUGUCAUUUGCAUGAUUAUUCCUCUCCUUUAACCCCUUAAGGACCAAACUUCUGGAAUAAAAGGGAAUCAUGACAUGUCACACAUGUCAUGUGUCCUUAAGGGGUUAAAGGGUUACUCCAGCCAUAAACCAUUUUUUAUUAAACUAGCCCUCCCCCAAGUAAAAAUGAUAAAGAUAACAUGCUGAAAUGUAUCUGUGAUCCCACCCUUAGCCCAAGUUCUCCCGGCAGCUUAAUCAUCCUUCAGUGACUAAACUCUGCUUGACUGCAGGUGGAGGGACAUCCUGGAUGAUGGGUUGAGGUGGGUGGGAGUGUGCCAGCAUUGGUUGUCUGUCAUGAGCAUGCUGUGUGUGCUGGAACCAGAUUACAAAUCUGUUUAGAAUUGACAAAACAACUCUGGCGACAUAGUGCUUUAACUCUUUAUGUGCAGUGUUUCAAACUGAAAUGCUGCACAUACAGACUCCAAGCACCAUAACCACUUCAAAGCACUAAAGUAGUUAUGGAGCUUGGAGUAACUCUAAAAUAUCCCUCCAGCUUCAGAAGGAGAAGACAGCACACUGAUAUUAGUGCAUAUCCCAAGAUUGCUGAGUAUGUGGAUGGGGUUUCAUCUCUAUUAGGAAGCUUAGCCAACAUGUUUUGCAGAGGAAGUUCUUCUGUGUAGCUAGGCUGUGAUAUUAAAUAGUCAUAGAUGGCUAUACAUGUUGAUUAGUUGUACUUAAUGCAUCUUGUAAUGUUGAUAAUAUUUAGGGCUUAUCACUCAGUUUAAGUGCCUAUUGAUCUGCUUGAUGUAUCAGCAUCAUAAAUCUUGGUGUUGGAUCUAACUUGCAAGUGCAGUGCUUUCAUUUUUAUGGAGGAAUUCUAACUACUGAGGAAUAUAAAGUUCCAUUACCUCCCACAAACUCAGAUAGUUUCUAUAUUUGCUGUAGAAUAUUAUUAUUACUGGCACUUAUAUAGAGGCAACAUAUACUGCAGUGCUUAACAAUAUUAUAAAAAUUGGAAAUUUAACAAUAAAUGAGACAAUAACAAAAUAUUACAGGAACAAUGGGUUGAUGAGGACCAUGCUCAAAAGAGCUCUUUUUAUUAAUGUAUUUAUUAUAGUAACACUAUAGGCUCUUUAGCACAAACAUGUAUUCCUCUAUACCCUCUAGUGUUAAAACUGCCAUUUAGGUGGCUUGCCCUCCCUUAGCCCCCUUAAAAGGUAAUAAAACUUACCUUAUUUCCAGUGCCGUGUGGGCUUGCCAUCACUGGCUCCGCCUCCGAUCUGCCUCCUUGCAUCAUCAGAAGUUAUGAUUACAGCCAAUCCAAUGCUUUCCCAAGCAUGAUUUUCAGCUAAUCCAAUGCUUUACCAUAGGCUGCAAUCGGCAAGGAGGCAAGACGGGGCCGGGGCCAAAUGCUGGCUUAGCCAGUCAGCAACUCUUCAUAGAGAUGCACUGAAUCAAUGCAUCUCUAUGAGGAAAGAUAAUGGCAGUGCUGCAAACUGUGCAGCACUGCCCCAGGAAGCACCUCCACUGGCCAUCUGAGGAGUGGCCACUGAAGGUGUCCCCAGGGGGCAAUGAAAAGGCACUGUUUGCAGUAAAAUGAGAAUAAUUAUACUCAACAGAACUACAUUAAACUUUAAAAGAACAAAAUACAUUCUUGAUCCAAAGCACACCGUACAAUCUGUGUUUUGUGUUUUGUUGUAGAAGUGGACAGUCCAGGCAAAAGAAUCCAUACACAUGGCUUUCUAAGAAAGAAGAAUCGUUGAAAGAGGAGAAGAGUCUCAGAACAAAUCAAAGCUUGACUCCAGCAUUAAAUGAGAAUGUGAAGCAUGCGACUAAGGAGUUCUGUGACUGGGUGGCUUCUUUGGUAAGUUUCUAUUAGUUCAUCCACCUGAUCUAACUCAGUAGUUACAAAACUUGUCUUCCCACACACCCAUCUAUUCAUACUUAAAGUGUUACUUUAUACACCUUAACAACUUCAGCUUAAUGAAGCAGUUUUGGUGUAUACAUCAUUCCCCUGCAGUCCCACUGCUCAAUUAUUUGCCAUUUAGGUGUUAAAUCACUUUUGUUUCUGUCUUUGAAGCUCUAGUCAUACCUGCAUGAAAACAAAAUGGUAAAGGAAGGGCGAUUACCCUUUUUUAAAUAUACAAAUAAAAGAUCAAUUCCAUCUCUUUGUAAAUAAUCAUUUAUAUAUAUUUUGGUGCAUUAUGUUUUAGCAUCACCAAUAAAUUACUUAUAUUAAGUUUUGUAAUACAUAUAUCUAAAGACUGUCACACAUAUGGUUCUUUAAGAUACAUUGUGACGAACCGUCUGUACCCAGAGUGGUACGUUUGUCUGAAGAGCCCUCCAUUCCCACAAGGCUCCAGUGACUAUAGCGCUCUCUCUCUGUCGCAUACCCAAACAGCUGAGACUUGAUAAAGGGUAAAAAAUAACUGGUUUUAUUGAGGCCCCAGCAUGGGGUCCCUAUUCAUGUACAGUAAAAGCCGCCCAGAAAUAAGUGAGUUUGAUAAGGCUUUAACUAAUUAUCUCCCAGACACACAAGGUACAACUAGUAAAACCCCCCAAACACAAGGAAAAACGACAGGUACACCCACAUAUUAUAUAUCCCCAGAUAGCCCAGAUCUGAGCGCCCAAGUUGUCUAAAUAACGUUCAGAUCCACGUAGUGGAGUAGGAUCGCCACCGGGGUAGAGUUCUGACCGACCGCACACGUGGCCAAAGCCCAAAGUAGUUCCACGAGGAUUGUCCUUGCAGUCAGUAAAACAAAUAUGGGCUUCUCCUGGCUCUCAGGGAGCGAUUUAUCAUCAUAGCCCAGGGUGCCUUCCAUCCAAUUGCUGCUCUCCUGGCGGGCCUGGAAAGGGGGGAAAACAGGGGGUGACGGUUACUGGGAAAGGGAUGGUGGAAUGGGCAAAAAUAGUUCUGGAGGGUUUGUGGCUAAAUGCACCUGGUAGCGAUCGGCCGCCAGCUGCCAGGGAGGGAGUGUUCGGUAGAAAUAAAGUACCGAGUCAAGGGAAGUAUAGUUCGUUCGGUAAAAAGGGGAACAUUAACUUGGGAAGUUUUUCAAAUACAUAAUGUAUUCUUACUAAGCACUGCAUGUUUAAUUAUAUUUUGCUACGAUCCAACCAAGAAUCUGCUUUCUUGAAAGGCUUCUAAAGCUACACAAAAACACACUUCUUCAGAUCAGUGUGUUUGCCUAUUGUGAAUACAGUUUGCAGUAACAUUUUUAUUUCAGUAUGGAAUUUUAAAUGGUGUUUGUCCUUUUAAAUGGAUUAUUGAGAGUACAGUUCUCAAUGACAUGUACAUUUCACGAUGGAAUCCUAAAUAGCGUGCCUCCUCAGAUGGAUUAUAUUUGUAUACUGUGCUGUGAGUGCAUUAGGUGGAGAUUCUCUUGCCAUUAAAUACCAGCUUUUUUUUUGGUUACUUAGUAAAUAUCUUGUAAUAUUUAUAUUCUUAUGUUCCUUAGUAUGAGCAUAAUUCCUUAUCCACACAAGUUUAGAAACAAGUUUCGUGUAGCACAAGUAUUGAAUGAAGGGUACAGGGAUAUUAUACAUUCCUGUUUCAAUUAAAUGCUAUUAGUGUAUAGUAUGAAGAGCUCAGUCCGUGAUUACUUAUUGAUGAGCAAACCGAGCCCUGAUAUUAUGCUUUUCCCAUUGGCUGUGCUUUGAGUUAAAGGAAGAAUUAUGAUCAAGCAUUUACAUCCCAUAAGUUGUUAGCAACACGUCCAUGGUCCAAGUUAGGAGCGUAAUCAAUCUUUCCAUAUUAAAUGAUUGGAUAUUAGUGGGAGAGAUUUCCUUAUCCUGGAUAAAAGGUGAAGAUGUCUGGGCCAAUGAGCUGAAGAGAAGGUGUGUUAACUCCAAAGAGCAACCCACAUUUGUGAAGAGGAGGAGCUGAAGUUCUACAAACAGAUUGCGACACAUUCUUUCUCCGCACACAACCUUCAAGAAACAUACAUAUGUUGUUCUCCAAUAGAAAUAAAGAAAUAACUUGGUUUAUUAAGAUUUGGUUCAGUUAAAGGUUGAUCGCUUUCCACUACAUUGGGUUGAUAUCAAAGGUGCAGCAUGAAUUGUACCUUGAACUCAUAAUGUCAAGCAAAAUAUAUCAAUUAGAAAAAUCAUGCUCAAAAUACCAGUUAUAAAAGCUGUGAUGGAUUAUAUAAAAAUAGACACACAUUCCAGUGACACUGGGCUUUUAAAGGGGAACUGUCACUUCCCAGAAUUUGUAAUAUUGUUUAGUUAUCCCUAUAUUUAUCAGACAUGCAUUUGUAAAUGAAGAAAUCCCCUCCUCUCCGUCAUAGCUCAGUGCCAGUUAUUGUUACAAGCUCUAUCCUUUCCACCUGGCGUUCACUAGUCAGCAUAGAAAAAACACACAGAGAAGAACAGAAAUGUUCUACUUAUCUUUGCCUUGUCUGAACUGGAUUAUACUGUCGUUUACUAAAUAUUUAAUAUAAAUGUAAAAUAAAAUUGAGCUUCUCUUGAAAAAUAUGUUAAUGCAAGUUAUAGGUGAUUUCCAAUGUUUUGUUCAAUGUUGUUAAUUUUAGAACUGAAAACUCUGCUUUAAUAGCAUUAGGCUUUGCUGAAAUUAUUUUUUUUUAUUGUAAUUCAUACUUGAACAGUGUUAUAGUCCUUUUCUUCCUCUCCUCGUAGGGUGGUGAGUCAUGUAAUGUCAAUGAGUCCUCAGUCUACAGUCUAUUUUCCAGUGACUUUGAUACUAAACCAGCCCUCAGUGUACCAAUCCAUGUGGUGGAGUUGAGCAACGUCCCUGCAGAGCUAAGAAAGGCUGUGGGACUGACCCCUCGACCCAAUAUUUUAAAACAUUCUCGCUCCAAGCUUCAACAUCAGUCUCCGGUAAGACACAAGAAAAAAAUCCUUUUACAGAGCACAGGCAGUCGUUCAUUUAAAAUAGCUGAAUGCCCAUUAACAAUAUAUGUAGUGUCUUUGGAAACCUACAAUUUUAGUCUGUUUAAAAGCUUUCCUUCACUGAUACUAUUAUGGAAGGAGAUGAGUCACAAGUCUCAUCUAUUCUGUGGUUUGUUACAAGACUGGAUGGCACACCACAAGCAGUGAGAGACAUUUCAUAAUCACAUUAGAUCUUGUGCAAUGACUGUAAGAACAUUAAAGGACCACUCUAGGCACCCAGACCACUUCAGCUUAAUGAAGUGGUCUGGGUGCCAGGUCCCUCUAGGAUUAACCCAUUUUUUUAUAAGCAUAGCAGUUUCAGAGAAACUGCUAUGUUUACAAAUGGGUUAAUCCUUCCUCCAAUUCCUCUAGCGGCUGUCUCACUGACAGCCGCUAGAGGCGCUUGCGUGAUUCUCACUGUGAAAAUCACAGUGAGAGCACGCAAGCGUCCAUAGGAAAGCAUUGUAAAUGCUUUCCUAUGCGACAGGCUGAAUGUGCGUGCAGCUCUUGCUGCGCGUUCGCAUUCAGCCGAAUGGGAGGAACGGAGGAGGAUCCCCACCCAGCGCUGGAAAAAGGUAAGUUUUAACCCCUUUCCUCUCCCCAGAGCUGGGCGGGAGGGGGUCCCUGAGGGUGGGGGCACAGUCAGGGCACUAUAGUGCCAGGAAAACGAGUAUGCAAUAAAGAAAGCCUAAAUAGGGCUCUCUUUACAGGAAGUGUUUAUGGAAGGCUGUGCAAGUCACAUGCAGGGAGGUGUGACUAGGGUCCAUAAACAAAGGGAUUUAACUCCUGCAGUGAGGCUGCAGGGGCAUGUUCUAUAUGCCAAAACUGCUUCAUUAAGCUAAAGUUGUUCAGGUGACUAUAGUGUCCCUUUAAUGUCACUGUUGUUUUAGCUCUCCUUGCUAAUAUGGGAACUUGGCUUUUCCCACAUAAAUCCCCCUACACAUGUAUAUUGGGUUAAGGAAAAAGAGUCAGCAUAUUUAUGCCCACCUGCUGAGAUUUAUCAAAGGGAAACUGUAAGCACCAUAACCACUUCAAACUAUUGAAUUGGUUAUGGUGCCUGAAGUCUGUACCAGGUCAUUAUUAAAAUGUUUACGCACCAUUUCUUAGGGAUUCUUGGUCCUCAGAGGCGGAACAAUGCUCCACUUCACACAAUAUGAGGGAAUGUGGAUAGUGAUUGUCUGAGAGCAUCAACUAAGCACUUUCAGUCAAUCACUGCCCCAAUCCUUGGUAUGGUGCAAGGUGGAAGCCUAGCUCCGUCUCCACCAUAUCGUAUUUGGAGGCUGGGAUUCAGGCUGCCAGGGACUGAGAAUCUCUGCUAAACAGUGUGUUGAUUAUUUAAUAGGGAUGCGGGACCUGGCACCCAAGGACUCCAGGUGCCAUAACUACUUCAAUAUAUGGAUGUGGUUAUGGUACUUACAGUGUUCUUUUAACUCUCAUACUGCUGCUUUUGACAUUAGAGAAUGGUGAGUAGUGUUGAAAUAGAAUACUUUAUUUUCUGCACACAUAUUGACAUUGUGCAGUACAGGGUUCUCUCAUCACAGAGCGGAAAUGGGACAUACCUGGCUUGCCCCCAGAUUAUUUACACUCCCAAGCACCAGCUGCAAUUUAAGUGUAUACAUAUGUGUGCAUGUGCAUGCAUAUGUAAAAUCUAAACAAUGAACUUUAAAUAUUGUCUUAGUGAAGUUUUCAAUCCUCAAGGGUAAAAUGAGCAUUUGGAUGUAAUCAAUACAACUCAAAAUAAACGCAGUGUUUAUCGAAAUUAGUGGCUGUUACACAGAUUAAUUUCUUAACUGUCUCAAUGCUGAAUCCUUAAAAAGUCCCUUGACAUUUCUCACUGUUAAGUGAAUGUCAGCUAAUCUAUGUGCAUUGGUCCUCUUCUUUCUGAAUGUUGCAGAGAUUUUACUAAUAAAUGAAUCUCUCUCUUGCAGGAGUCAACGUACCAUCCUAAUUAUGUUAAAUCUAGAUAUGGAGCGUGGUAUCUUGAUCCCAAAACCUGGAAAAAACAUAAAAUUAAUGAACCACUACAGAACCCAAGUUCAGAAGAGCUAGACAACAGCCCUGCUUCAAAGGGCAAGUUAAGCCAAAAGGUGAGUCAUUAUAGUCAGUAUUUACAAAAUAAUAUGGCUAUUACCAACAAUCAUACAUGUUGUACAAGGACAAAAUAAUUACACACUUUUUAAAAAGCUGUUAGAAAUAAUAUUAUUGUUAUUAGCUCUUUUUGUCGACAGAUGGAAAUGAAAAUGAUAUUGCCCUCAAGGAUUGUCUUUGCACAAUGUAAUUAUAUUAUUAUAUUGCGCAACAGUCACUGUUCUUAAUGAGAACCAUAAACUAGUUCUGUCUCUGAAAUGGUUCCCUAAAAGUCUAAGAACAUUAAUGUAGAAUGAAAGUCAGGUCUGAUAAGCAUGCAUAGUGAUAUGUCAGCAUAGUAAUCUUGCUUUAUGGUCCAGUUUAUUAAAGGAAAACUCAAAGCACAAAAACAACCUCGGCUUAAUAAAGCAGUUAUAGUGUAUAGAUCAUGGCCUUGCAGUGUCACUACUCAUUUCUCUGCCGUUUAGGAGUUAAAUCACUUUGUUUAUGCAGCACUAGCCACACCUUCACUGCCUGUGACUCACAUAGUAUCUCUACACAUUUCCUGAAAAACUGCUGACAUUUUCUUUUAGCUUUCGUUAUUGCACAGUGUGAUAAUUGCUUGCUAGAGCCUGGAGCGGCCUCCUGUGUGUAGUAACAGAAGUAAAAUCAUACCUCUUUUUUUUAUUCUUCCAUAACCUAUUCUUCUCUUUACUCUUGGUAGUAUUUAUCUAAAAGUUUUUUUUGUUUGUUUUUUUUAAUAUAAAUAUUGUCAUAUAACUAAUUUUAUAGAUUUAGUUCACAUAAGAAGAAUGUUUUACCACGAUUCAUCAGUAGAAGGAGCUCUGACUCAACUUCUAAAUCAUGGUUAUCUUUUUGCACUUGUACUUUUUUGACCAGCAAGGUGAGGGAGGAAUGGUAAAGUAAACCUUAAGUUUUUACUUAAUUUGGGGGAGGGGGAGUUGGCGGAAACAGUUAAUGGGACACUAUAUUGUUAGGAAUUCUUGUUUGUAUUCCUAAAGCUAUAGUGUUCCUUUAAUGUAUUUUGUUUUAUGACCCAAUUAACAAUGUAAGUUUGAGUCUCGAAUUAUAAUUAAUGCAGGUUGAAUGCUGUGAUCUCUGAAGCUGAGGUGCUUUGUUAUAAAUGAUUAAUUAUGUAUGAAUCCACUCGCACAAUGGACACUAUUAAUUCACACUAACCUCUGGACCUCUUAGGUUCAAAUAGCCAAGCUUUGACUCUAGCUGAACUGGAGAUUUGUUCCAAAUCACAUAUUUUAGACUACAUUUUGACAUUCUGAUUUUAAUUUGCUACUUUUGGAUUUUAGUGAAUAAGUAUCUCUUGGAAAUGGUUAUUGCUGGAAUUGUGAAUUAUUUACUGAUAUGAGAAUUGUCGGGAAUUCAAAGAGAAUUUCAAAUUUAAGGGCAAAAUUUCCGAAUUGGAAAAAUUGUCUGUUAUGAUUCUAUUUCUGCUAUUUUGACCUUAGAUUUAAAAAAAAUCACUUUGAAUUCCCAUCAAUUCUCACUUACAGGUCAUCUUUUGAUUAUCAGUUAGGCUAAAUAAAAGUCUAGCAGUAUAAAUAUGGCCCUUGCUCAUGAUCACCAAUUCAUCCAAUAAGAGGCACCUCUAGGGAGUCUGAGCCUAACACAGGAGAUUGGGACAGCUUCCUUUUUUUCUGUGUAAUAAAUAGUGCAUCCAAAUAGUGCAUCCAUUCAGUGAUUUUACUUCUCAAGGAAAUAGUUCCACUGAGAUAAUAAACUCCUUUAUCCCUAAAGGAAAUAGAGAAGUGGUUUAAUUUUAUUUAAAAAUUAACCUUUUUAACUUUUGAUUAAAAACAAAUACCUUUAAUUUUAAACAUUUGAUCAGUUAAUGCAUUUGAAAAGUAGAAUGAUUAGAGCGGGGGUAGGCAACAUGGCACGUUUGCCAUACACUGCACUCAAGGCUACCAGAGUCAAACUGGGUCUGACCUCUCAUGAGUCCCAGUGAAACUUCAGAUAUGUGCUAACACACACCACCAAACACACUGUGACAUUUCCAUCCACACACACAAUUCCACAAGCAGCCCCCAUACACAGCACACAUUCAUAGGGACACGAUACCACAAACUACUCAUGAACAUAUACAACAAGCAUGUCAAACUCAAAGGCUAGCACGGGCCACAUGAACAAGGUUUAAGUUUAUGUGGGCCGCAAAGAAAACAAAACCUUAAAUUUUCAUAGAAAUGUAGGUUUGUUUUGAAAAGUACAGUAUAUUAAAAAAAAACACAAACAAACAGCAUCCCCGUCUACUAAACGCCAGUCCCUCCCUCUGUACUAAAUCCUCCCCAUCUAUACUAAAUCCCAGCAACCCCCUCUAUUAAACUCCAGCCCUUGUUUAAAAAAAACCAAACAAUAUAAGCCAACAAGCAGACUCCACUCACAUUGCCGCUGCUAGUAUGCGACUCCGGAGUCCGGCCUCUGGUGUACCCCCAAUGGCGCCAUCCGCAUCCAAAUGGAUCCUCCUGCACCUCCUUAAAAACCUGUGACGUCAGAUUGUGACGUGGUGUUGCGUGCCUCCGUGCACCUCCAGGUCCUCUACUGUCCAGCCACGGCCAUCGCACCACUGACCAACACACACUGAAAGACACACACACUCUCUGACAGACACACACUGGCAGACACACACACACACACAUUUACACAUUCUUGCACACACUCACAUCAUUUUAUUUAUUGCUCCCUACCUUUGGGAGCUGGUGUGGGGCCUCUCCCUGAUCUUCUCUCUGGAGCUCAGUCUUCCUGUUCACUCACGCAUGCAGUUUAGUGAUGCCGGAAUGAUGUCAUAUUCCAGGACCAGGCAUCACUACAUCAGUGAGGAACAGGAAGACUGAACUUUCUCGCUGCCUCCAGGGACCUCUCCUCUCCGGACGGGUAAUGUUGGCAGAGUAGGCACCUGCAAUGUGGAGAAAUCAGGUGCCUACUCUGCUUUAGUAAGCAUGGCAAACUCGCAGCUCGCAAGAAUAUUAAUGGUGGGACACGAUUUUGACAUGCUUGAUGCACAGUAUAAUAGCUCAUAUACUGCCAAAUACAACGAUACAAAGCAACUGCAGUAUAAAUAACACAAGCAGAAUACGGCAACAUACACACCUCGAUUAAAAAAAAAAAAAAAAAAGGACUGGCACGCUACGGGCCUUCCUAAUCUUAUUUCGUCACAGUGCUGCUAAAAGGUUGCCUACCCCUGGAUAAGAGUAUAGUUAAAUAUUCACAAUUUAAAAUUGUUGUAAAAUUUCCGACUUGUGUUUUAGAAACUUCAAAUUCAAAUAGUAAUCGAAAAUGUUGAUAUUAGAUGCUUAGUCAAUUUCUACUCCACAAUUUCCAACUAACUUAUUGAAAUACAUUUUCUGUGAUUUUCUGUGUACGUAUUAGAGUUUAACACUUUACAAAAUGUCUUUUAACCAUUUAAGUAAUUUAAUUGUUGGUAAUAAGUAGAUAAAUGAUCAAUGUUAAUCUAAAUGGCAGAAUCCAUAAUGCCUACUAUUAUCAGCAUGGGAGAAGUGAAAAGUGACAUUCAUUUAGGAGUUCAAGUUACGUUUAAUACAUUGUCAUAUUGUUAUAUAAAAGUUGCAACUAUAAGUAUCAGUCCUUAAUAUACGAUGUAAUAAACACAAAUCCAACAGUGGCUACAAAUGUCCGCUAGAUGUCACUGUUCCCAAGAAAAGCUUUAUCCUAAUUAUAGCGAAGAAUAUACAGCAAGAAAGUCAAAAAGCAGGCUGGUGAAAAAAAAUAAUAAUGAAAUACCAGUGUGCAUCUGAUUGAAAAGGUAAACCUCACAAUAUUUUAAGUAUGUACGAUGAACAAAUCAAGUAAGUCUCAAAGUGCGUUUCAUUUGGCAAACAUCACCGUGAUCCUCAGGAGUGCAACCCUGGUUGGUUGGUUGCACACAUCUCUGAGGAUCACGGUGACGUUUGCUGGGUGAAACGCAUGUCGAGUGACUUCUGUACCAAUUCUUACCUGAUUGGUUACCUGCAAGGCUCCAAAUUUACAAGUCAGAGUACUCUGAUUGGUUAGCUUAAGCCAACCAAUCAGAGUCUUCUGAGUCAAAUUGAUCGGCAUGGGAAGGCUUUAUAACUCACUGGGUGUAGAAGGAUUAUUUGUUAUUGCUGGGAUUUUUUUUUUCUGCAUGUUUCAAAAAAAUAAAAUUUUUGUGCUUGGAUCUUUUUUUUUUUUUUUUUAUUAGUUCGACAGAGUUUAUGGAUUUUUACUUGGAUUUUUGGGGGGGCUGAAAAAAACAAGAUUGAAGAAAAAAAUUGCCAAAAGGUGGUAGCUGGGGAGAACAAUAGAUACCCCGUCUUUAUUACUUAGGGCCCCCAUCUGCCAGCAAUGAGUGGAGGCGGGGGUGCUUCCAUAAAAAUCUCAGAUUUUACCUAUGCCCCUCUCAGCCUUCUUUCUUCUGUCUGUGCUAUUUUCCUGCUCCUAAUUACAUCUGUUGGAACAGGAGAGGGAAGAAGAUGGGUUGGUCCAGUCUUCUACUUGAUCCUGGCUAAGAUAGCGCUGGCAGCAUCCGUGGUGCUUGCAGGCAUCUGUAGGUGAGGCCACUAACGACUCCAUGAGCAGCACAAUGAGGCACACUGAUUUAAAUUAACUUUUAUUUGAUAAAUUUGAGAUAAAAUGUUAAUAUUUACAUAUGGCAAGUUUUGUCAUCCACAUGUUUAUGAAGACAUGGACAAAAGCCUUGUGUUAGGCCCAAAUGUCUUUGAUUGCGUUGUUUCCAAACUAACUAAUUCUUGGUUAAAGGACCACUCCAAGCAGUGUGCUCUACUGGUUAUUGUGCCUUCCAUUGUUAGUUAAGCCAUUUUAGAAUCACUUGGCUUCUUACUUGCAGUCUACUGAGUGACACUCCUCCUCCCUCUCUGCAGACAGGAGAGUCAGAAUCUCCUUCUGUAAAGCUUCUCUUAGCUCUUCUGGGUCAAGCCCAACUCAUUGGCUGAGAGUGUCAGCUGAUCACCGUGAGCCAAUGAGCUAAACUCUGCAUCUAGCUCUCUGAAGGCUAUAAAGGAAGUGGGGAACUGUGGCUAACAUGUUUUGACUACUUACAACGGGGGAGGUGUGAGCACCAGGACACUUCUGGCACCAUAACUACUGCUGCAGGCUGUAAUGGUUAUGGCGUUUGGAGUGUUCUUUUAAUAAAUUGAAAUGAACUCUAUCAAUACCAAUUUUAUUAAUUUUCUAGGAUGAAGAAUUGUUACAACUUCAUGGAACCAUGGCAUUUAAAGAGUUCACAGAAAAGAACGGCUACAGAAAACCAGAGGUGGGUGCAGUCUCUUUUACUGGGUUGUUGUGUGUUUGGAUGCCCAUUUAACAAUUGGAUGCUUUGAUGUAAGGCUUACAAUUGUACUCAUGCCUGAGCGUUACUUAUAUUAAAACUAAUCCCCUGCACCCUCUUGUACCACGCCUUUAGACGCAAUAUUUAUACACUGAUCAGUCACAACAUUAAAACCACUAACAGGUGAAGUGAAUAACACUGAUUAUAGUGUUACAGUGGCACCUGUCACGGGGUGGGAAAUUAGGGAGCAAGUGAACAGUCAGUUCUUGAAUUUCAUGUGUUGGAAGCAGGAAAAUGGGCAAGUGAAAAGAUCUGAGUGACUUUGACAAGGGCCAGAUAGUGAUGGUUAGAUGACUGGGUCAGAGCAUCUCCAAAACGGCAAGUCUUGUGGGGUAUUCCCAGUGUGCAGUGGUUAGUAUCUACCAAAAGUGGUGCAAGGAUCAUGGGCGCCCAAGGCUUAUUGAUGCAUGUGGAGGAGCGAAUGCUAGCCCGCCUUGUCUAAUCACACAGAAGAGCUACUGUGUUUUAAGAAAUACUUAAUGCUGGCCAUGAUGGAAAGGUGUCAGAACACACAGUAUAAUGCAGUGUUCUGCCUAUGGGUCUGUGUAGCCAGAGGGCCUAUGAUAACUAGUGUCCACCACUAUACAUUUACCUGGGGCAGAGAUGAUAGCAGGAUGCACUAUGUUAAGAAGGCAGACCAGUGGAGGCAUUGUUAUGCUCCAGGCAAAGUUCUGUCGGGAAUUCCUGGGUCCUGGAAUUCAUGUGGAUGUUACUUUGACUACCUACAUAGACAUUGUUGCAGACCAUGUACACCCCCUUCAUGUUUCCUGAUGGCAGUUGCCUCUUUCAGAGGUAUACUGCCACUGCACAUAAUGUCCGGGAAUGGUUUGAGGAACACGACAAAGAGCCAAAGUUGUUGCCUUGCCUUCUCCAAAUUCCCCAGAUCUCAAUCCAAUUGAGCAUCUGUGAGAUGUGUUGGAACAACAAAUCCAAUCCAUAGAGACCUCACCUUGCAACUUGCAGGACUUAAAGGAUCUGCUGCUAAGUCCAUGCCUCAGUGCAUGAGAGCUGUUUUGGCAGCACUAGGGGGACCUACACAAUAUUAAGCAGGAGGAUUUAAUGUUGAGACUGAUCAGUCUAUAUAGUAUAUACAGCAUACAUUUAUUGGAUGGAUUCUAGUUACCUGUGAAAAGCAGAUCCCCCAGGAAACUUUACUCCUUUUUUUAGUCCUUUUUUUUUUUUAAUAACCUUAAACCAUGCCCUACCACAUCUUAAUUACCCGAAUACAAUCCCCUACUUUAGCAUGUAGUGGUUAUGGUUCAACUGCCCCUUUAAAUGGUAGAAUGAGAUACAUUCCUGUUAGUUAUUUGGAACAGAAAAAACCUAUAGUUAAUUUUUAGAGAAAUGUUUAUUUGAGGAACUAAUUUCCAAAUCAAAUACAAACAGUUCAGUUAACUUUCACUUCAGCUCAGUGAACUUUCACUUGUGGUUUUAAACCUCAGCCCCUUCACUCCAAAACCCAUGCAGAUCUUCUAUGGGAUCGUGUUUAAAGGACCACUAUAGGCACCCAGACCACUUCAGCUUAAUGAAGUAGUCUGGGUGCCAGGUCCAGCUAGGAUUAACCCUUUCCUCUAUAAACAUACCAGUUUCAGAGAAACUGCUAUGUUUAUAAUAGGGUUAAUCCAGCCUCUAGUGGCUGUCUCAUUGAGGCGCUUCCGUGCUUCUCACUGUGAUUUUCACAGUGCAAAGACACCAGCGCCCAUAGGAAAGCAUUGAGAAUGCUUUCCUAUGGACUGGCUGAAUGCGCUCGUGCCGCGCAUGCGCAUUCAGCCGAUGACGACGAGGCGCUGGAAAAAGAGGUAAAUUUAACCCCUUCCACCACCGAGAGCCAGGCGGGAGGGGGGCCCUGAUGGUGGGGGGGACUUAGAGACCCUAUAGAGCCAGGAAAAUGAGUAUGUUUUCCUGGCACUAUAGUGGUCCUUUAAAUCCACCAAAUAUAAACCAGUUCUUUUCAUGACUGUGUCCCUUUAAGUACAUCAGCUGGUUGUAGCAUGGAGGCAGCUAGGUAGCAUGGUGACUGCUGUCUGUGUGAGCAUCUGUAAUUACUGUGCAAUGGAUAUGUAGUCUCAAUAUGGAUGGAGUGGUGUCCAGUUAGACAAGCUGUUUGUUGCAGAUCAGAAGUCAAUGGAUACUUCCAGCAUGCUUGCCCUUUCCACUCACCUAAAAUAGAAAAUGUGUUUCAAUAGCUGCUACAGCGUUACUCCUGACUGUACUGGUGUGAUACAUGAUCAGAUUACAGAAAGAACUGGUCACAGUUUAGAUGAUUAUUAAAAUGCUUAGAUUCGUUUUCUAUUUUUUUACACCUUGAAAUUAGUGAAGUAUAUAACCCAUAGCCAUUGAAAAAUGGCAGUAAAAUAACUGUAAGUUAGCUAUGGAAAGUGACUAACAUUACAUUAUAUGUUUAGCCAAGUUUAAUUAAUUCAGAUUUUUUUUUCUUUUGUUUUUUUUUUUCUCUUUCAGUAUUCCACACAAAAUCUAUUUUAUUUAUUGUAUUAAUAUCCUUUUUAUCAGACAAACAUGUGCUAUUAUGCUUAAAUAAUUCUCUUUUUUUUUCUUCUUUAUUUCAGUUUCUUACCAAAUUAUUUUCAAAGACAGAUUCUGGCUCAUCAGAAAAUGUUGUCUCAAAGGACUCCAGAGCAGCCUCUUCCAGAAACACCUGGCGCAGAAUGGGCUCAGCCUCCUCCCAAGAAGACAGCAUAAUAAAUUAGAAGCUUUCUAUAUAGGUCACUCAACCUUUAAUCGAACCUCAAAUAUACAGAUUUAAAGAUCUAGAUUGGAAAUAUGCUUCCAAAUGUAAUGAUCUAAAAUAAACUAUAUGCAGACA